AUGAGCGGGAGGAUCCUCUCCCAUCGUCUGACUCCGCUGCUGCGGAGGGGCUUGCUAGCCCGCUAUGUGCACAACACCAGCAGUCGAGCGGGUGGCCUCUUGAGGGCAGACAGCAAUGCGGCGUUGCGAGGCCGCGCCUGGCCUGUCGGCGCCAGCUCUAUCCACAACAAUGUUCCCGCGGUGCGGUCCAUCUCGUUCGCAAGGAUACUGCCGCGCCUGGCGAUCAAGCUGGCACGCGUCCCGGCGAUGUUUGGAGGAGCAAUGAUUGCAGGCAUCGCUUACCUGCAGUAUCAGGCUACGCAGGCCGGGAACUAUGCGUUGGACAUGCUUAAACAGGCCGGCGAGACCGCUAGUGACGCUGCGACGAGUCUAUUCCAAGGGCUUCAGGAUGUCGCGGCACAAACGCAUCGUGGCUGGCAGAAAACAAAGGAAGAGAUCGAGUUUCCGGAGUGGAUGCAGAGAAUCUUUCGCCUGAAUGAAGAGUCCGAGUCUGGAGGCGGCAGUUCUGACGGUGGUGGUGGCUCUCCCAAAGAGAGUCGCGUUGGUGCUGCUGCCGCUGGAGCGGCCACUGGGACGGCUUUCGGCUACAGUCAGGCUGACGAUGAUGAUUCACGGCUCCACACCGAGGCUGAAGAUGACCAGAUGAUGGUUCUGACGCGGAAGAUGAUCGAGAUCCGGAAUAUAUUGCAGCAGGUUGGGCAAUCCAACACUCUGACCUUGCCAUCGAUCGUCGUGAUUGGAUCUCAAUCGUCUGGCAAGAGCUCUGUUUUGGAGGCCAUUGUCGGUCACGAGUUUCUGCCAAAGGGCCAGAACAUGGUGACGCGCCGACCGAUCGAACUCACGCUGAUCAACACUCCCAACGCCCAGACGGAGUACGGAGAAUUCCCAGCUCUCGGCCUGGGAAAGAUCACCGAUUUCUCCCAGAUCCAGCGCACGCUGACGGAUCUCAACCUGGCUGUGCCCGAAAAGGACUGCGUCAGUGAUGACCCUAUUCGGCUUCACAUCUAUUCUCCGCAUGUUCCGGAUCUCUCUCUCAUCGAUCUUCCUGGGUAUAUACAAGUUGCCGGUCGCGACCAACCAGCUGAGCUGAAACAGAAAAUCUCCGAUCUCUGCGACAAAUACAUCCAAGCACCUAAUAUCAUUCUGGCCAUUUCCGCUGCGGAUGUUGACCUGGCCAAUUCGACCGCCCUCCGAGCCAGCCGCCGAGUGGACCCACGGGGCGAGAGAACGAUCGGAGUGAUCACGAAGAUGGAUUUGGUCGAUCCGGAACGAGGUUACAGCAUGCUUUCCGAUAAGAAAUACCCCCUUAGACUGGGUUACGUGGGCGUGGUGUCUCGGAUUCCUCAAACGACCGCCCUCUUCUCUCGCGGAAGUGGCAAUAUAACCAACGCGAUCGUGAAAAAUGAGAAUGCUUAUUUUUCAGCACACCCGGCAGAAUUCGGCCCCGGAUCCGACGUGUCAGUCGGGGUGCCGACUCUUCGCAAAAAGCUGAUGCAGGUUCUCGAACAAACCAUGGCGAGAAGUCUGGCCGGUACGAGGGAUGCCAUCAGCCAGGAACUCGAAGAAGCGACCUAUGAAUUCAAAGUCCAGUACAAUGACCGUCCUCUCAGCGCGCAAUCUUAUCUGGCUGAGAGUCUAGACAGCUUCAAGCAUUCCUUCAAGGAAUUCGCGGAGAGCUUUGGCCGUCCUCAGGUUCGAGAAUUGCUGAAGAACGAACUAGAUCAGCGGGUCAUGGACAUCCUUGCGCAAAGAUAUUGGAACAAGCCUAUCGAGGAUCUGUCGGCCGCUCCUCCUGAGCCAGACCCGCUCAGUGACCUCCCCAAAGCCGAUCCCGACUCAUUGUAUUGGCAUCGGAAACUCGACGCUUCAACUUCUAAUCUUACGAAACUGGGUGUCGGCCGAUUGGCCACUACUGUGGUUGCCAGUGCACUGCAGAGCCAUGUUCAACGUCUCGUGGCCGCGUCCACAUUCUCAGCGCAUCCAUAUGCCCAAAAGGCGAUCAUGGACGCUUGCAACACCAUCCUCAACGACCGGUUCUUUAGCACUAGCGACCAGGUCGAGAAUUGCAUCAAGCCGUACAAGUACGAGAUCGAGGUCGAAGAGCCAGAAUGGGCAAAGGGACGGGAAAACGUAUCCAAGGUGCUGAAACAGGAGCUCCAAGCCUGUGAGGCUGCUCUUAAGCAGGUCGAAGAGAGCGUCGGCAGGCGGAAGCUGAGGGAUGUGAUGGCUUUCGUUGACAAAGUCCGGAAAGGCGAGGUUGUUCCAGAAGGGAACGGCGCCGGGGGUGCAGGAGGAUUUAGCGCUGCAUUGCUGCAGAAAGGCCGUGAGGGUAUCUUCCUCCGCGAUCGAGCCGAACUCAUCAAGAUGAGGCUCCACGCCAUCCGCUCGAAACAAUGUGCCUCCCUGAAGAACAAGUACUAUUGUCCGGAAGUUUUCCUGGAUGUGGUCGCGGACAAGCUCACGUCCACGGCCGUUCUCUUCCUCAAUGUCGAGCUGCUGUCCGAGUUCUACUACAACUUUCCCCGCGAGCUGGAUCAGCGACUGGGCCGGCGUCUCUCUGAUGCGGAAGUCGAGCGAUUUGCGCGAGAGGAUCCGCGGAUCCGGAGACACCUCGACGUGAUCAAGAAGAAAGAGAUGCUUGAGCUCGCGCUGCAGAAGAUCGAGAGUCUCCGCCAGCUGGAGGGACGGUCCCGAAGUUCGGCACAACAACAGAGUUCGACCGGUUCCAAAGAGAGAAGUCGAGGCUGGAGCCUUUUCUGA